CAAACACUUCUCCGGCCUUAUUCUCUUUGGUGAACAAGGUUUGCCUCCAUCCCAAGAAGAUGUCCUGCACCGACCUGUGCUACCCAUCGAGUGGGAUCGCCUGCCCAAGACCCUAUGCUGACAGCUGCAAUGAGGCCUGUGUCAGGCAGUGCCCUGACUCAAGAGCAGUGAUCCAGCCACCACCGGUUGUUGUAACCUUCCCAGGCCCCAUUCUCAGCAACUUCCCUCAGGACAGCAUUGUGGGAUCCUCAGGAUUGCCUGCUGUGGGCCAUGGAGCUGCUGGGGGAACUGCCCUGUCUAACGGCACCGGUGGUGUUGGGGGCAUCUAUGGAGGACUUGGUUAUGGAGACUCUCUUGGUUAUGGGGGUGGUUAUGGAGGAUAUUUUGGUUCUAGGGGCCUCUAUGGUUAUGGAGGAUCUCUUGGUUAUGGGGGCCCCUGUGGUUAUGGAGGAUCUAUUGGUUAUGGGGGACUGUGUGGUUAUGGGGGCCUCAGCUCUGAUUCUGGGAGCAGUUACAGCUCUGGAUACUGCAGCCCCUAUUCCUACCGGCGAUAUGGCAGGUACCGCUAUGGAAGCUGCGGACCAUGCUAAACCCAGCAGGAAGAUCCACAGAAGCAGGAAUCAACAGAGAAAUGAAGAACAUGAUCCAGAUACAUGCCUGAGUUACUGAGCAAUGGACUUGAGAAGGUCAGCACCCAGAGCUCCAGUGAAAUUCAGUGGAGCUGUGAGUGCAUGAUACCUCUUAAAUUUGGUUUCCAGACUACCUCUUAUCCUUGUCUUGUAGUCUUCUGUCCUUUCAUCCUUGAUUGCUUGUAAUGUGAUGCUGGCUCCUAUUUUUUAUGAACUGGGGACAAACGUGUGGCUUUACAUCUUUGAAAAAUGGGACCUAAAUGUCCAGUUUGACAGCUGCAACAGAAAGGAAAAGAACAUCUCAUGUGAAAAGCAUUGCCUUCGAGCAGGUGGUGGAUUGCAUGCCUUAUGCAUGCCUUGCAAGCAUAUUCUUUGUGCACUGUCUUAGUUUGUCCUUGAACUUUUAUUUCAUGGCUUGUACUCAUUAAAAUUAUGCUGCAUCAUA